UGCACAUUUUGCCAAUCCACACGCCGAAGAAUUAAGUAGCAUCUGUAAACUACGCCCCUCGCGUUAAGCACUAGCACUCGUUACUGUGCAACCGCGACGAGCAGUGUACAGCUGCAGCGCGGAUCAACCACAGACGACUGUCCCAGUUUUGUUGCAAACCGCAAAUGAAGAAACUAGCGUUGUGUAGCCGCGCCAACGAAUACAAUGACCACGACUGUAGGCAAGUCGAAGAACAAAGUUACGUUGGAGACUUAAAAAGCUGCGAGUAUGUCAAGCCUUCAGAAUGCAAUAUAUAAUAUGCUUCGCAACAUCUGUAAAAUAUAAGAAUUUGGAUGAGUUUAUGCUCUGACUCAUGUGUGCCCUUGAUCUUAUUUUUAUGAAGUUUGGUAUCAAAUUGUUGGCUGAUAAGAAAGUCACAAAUCCUGGCACAGAAGCAUUUAAAAAAAAAGAACAAAAAAAUUGAAACUAGACAAAAGAAAAAAAAUCGUUGACAGAAGAAAUUUUCACUUCGACUAGUUUAGAUGUAUUUUUAUAAUAAAAAUUUGUAAAUUUUAAUAAAAUAAACUAUUGUAAAUUCUUGUGCUAUUUUCAUGUAACUAAAAUUGAAAUCACAAAAUAAUAAAAAUAUUAAAAAACACCCUCCUCCCUGCUAUUCCUGAAUAUUUAAAAGGGCCGUUAAUUUUAAUCUCAAGAUGUGUUCACCGUGUGGUCCUAUGGUUUGCUAUAAAUACGAAGACUGUGGUCCUCCGAAAGGUAAGCCUUCGGAUGGAGGUAACAGAGUGGUGGAGGAAGGCGAAGAAAAAAAGAGUGAAAAGGAAAAUCAGUUGAAGCGAAUCAAGAGUCGCGAGUUACGUGGUGGCAUCAUGUACUACAGUUGUCAUUGUAUUAAGCGAAAUGGGCUCCAACACGAUUGUCGCCGCACAGGAUGCGGUGGCGAGCCCGCGUGUCUUGUCCUACCCGACCCAUUGUGUGCGCCCAGUCAGUUGGCUCGCGCUCGCGGUCUCGCCGACCCUGCUGCGCUGGCAGCUCACACUCAGGCUCAAGGUGGUGGUGGCUCAGGUGGACCAGCAGAUACUAGCUCUGGAGGAAAGAAAUUUAUCGUCUGCGAGCUAAAGGGUAUUAUUCCCGAUGUAGCCGUGGAUAAGAGCGGGAAAUGCUGUUGUUCUGCACCGAGAGAGGGAGGCGCAGCGAGUGGCGGCCCGGCACCUGGUUUACCUAUGUUGGUGAUGAAGCUUUGCUGAACGCGUUUUGUCCUAUGCUUACUGAUUUUCUGAAAGCUUAAGAAAAAGUGAAAAAUAAUCCGAAAGCAUUAAAUGUUUAAAUGUA